CAACCGUCAAUAUGACAGGCAUUCCCAGUAUCGGGGACAUUCUGAUGCUGUCACAGCUGGCCUGGAAGAUCGGCAGAGCAUUUACCGCAGGAAGGAAAGGCGCGCCGGCAGAGUUCCUCGAGGUUGAAACAGAGAUUAACGGCCUUGCGAAAGCUCUGAAGCUCCUAGCGGAAACGCUGUUCGCCGAUGCUGAUGAUAGCAUACUCUCGAAGGCUGACAAGGACACUAAGUAUGGAGUCGCAACUAUCCUGCUAUCAUGCCAGCAGACAGUCCACGAUCUGGAUUCCCUCACGGACCAAUAUCAAAUCAUCAAGAAGCAUCGUACAAGUGGUGGAUUCGCUGUCGAGAGGUCAUGGAGCGAUCUCGUACUGUGCAGCUACAAGACCAUGAUGUGGACUACGGAAGGCGGAAAUAUACAGGCGUUGAGGAACAUGUUGCACAUGCAUAUGAGCACCAUUACACUCACCAUGCAGGCGUUACAGAGCAAAUCCCUGUCCCGUCUGGAGAACACCGUGACACCCAUGGCCGAAAAGAUUGACGAUAUCCACCAGCAGACUGGUGAUCUGAGCAAGAAGCUAGAAGAUAUCCACAGCAUCGUCCGUGCCAUUGCUGGAGGGACCCCUCGGAUCCGUGCAAGACAGGAUAGCGAGAAUGGCAACAGUCGACCACCCAGUGCUUACCAUCUUGACUCUCAACCCUCCCAAUCGCAGCAAGCUACUCCAACAAUAUCAUCGUAUACUCCACGAGAUUUGUUUCCGCAACGGCAAAGCUCUCGAACAACACCUCAACAGACGCCCGAGCUCGUCGGUUCCGAAUUUUCGUCCUCAGCUUCCUCUACGAAACGCAUAUCAGGCUUUAGCUUCGGCGGCUCGCAAUCACAAUAUGCUAGCAGCUACGCGGGGUCUGACGCUGGAUCUUCUAAUGGCUACACAAGCCCAAUGGGAAGCCGCUCUCCCAUCGCAGAAAGACGGCCAUCGAAACGCGGCGAACCUAGUCUCAUGAAAACUCCAGAGUUACCAGAGAUGUCAGAACAUCAGGACAGCGACAGCACGCUUCGAUGGUCUAUGGAGAGACUACCACAGCCCGCAAUGGACAUUCCGCCAGAUCCAGACAUAGGACCCGCAUCGCAGCUCCAGAAACUUAGUAUAACGCCAUUGACUCAGUCAAGCCCACUCAUGCUUCAUCGAAGCUCGACAAGCGCGAGUCAGCAAAAUGACUUUGAAAAGGCCGCUUUCCGGAACUCAGCUGUGUUAUGUGACGUCCGCGGCACACUCAUCGAAUACACCCGCGCCAUCGAAAGCGACGAUGACCCCUUCGGCGUCGAAAUGGCGCAAGCCUGCACCGUGUGCCGCAUCUGCGUCGUGCGCAAACGCGAAACCGCACCCGACAACUCGAUCCGCAUGAUCACGUCCAUCUGGGCCUUCGCCGACGACGCCACUGUCCGCUUCCAGCAGAAACUCGCCGACGGCGCGCUGUACGUGCCCUACUCGAGCUACUUCUCGCCCGAGAAGAUCUCGGUGACUGUGCCGACCGAGGUCAAGUACCACGACGUGCGGUAUGGCAGCAAGCCGCUCAAGACGGCCAAGACGAGCUGGAUUAACUAUGUCUUUGAGGAUGUUGCGGGCGCGACGCUGUUUCAGACGGAGCUUAUGGGACGGACGCUGCUUGGCACGUAUAGGACUGAGAAGACCCUCCGUAUUCAUGAGGGGCUGUCUAGUGUACUCACCUACGCGGAGCAGAUGUGCGGGAUGGAGAACCUGCGUCUUUGGGAAGACGACGCUACGAGUGCCGUCAUCGCUACUAUUCACUUCAGCGCGCAUUUCCGGAACGGCUACCUCGCGUUCUACCUGAACUCAUCGAGUAAUCCAGUGCGCGUGAAAGACGAGGGCGGGAAGGAGGUCAAGAUCAAGGGGCUCCGUGUGCCCGUGGACGUGAGGGCGGAUCAGAGGAAAGAUAGUGGGGCUGGGGUUGUGGCGGCGCCGACAGGCAAAAAAUCUGGAGAUGAGGGGAAGAGAAGGGGGAGCGAGGCGGAGAAGGAGAAGAAGGGGCGGUAUAUCGCCGGCGCGAAGAUCGAGUUUGCGAGCGAGGCGGAGAAGAGGGCGUUUUUGCUGACGGUGAAGGAGGUGCAGAAGACGAUGCGGGAAUUGCCUGAUUUGGUGGGGGUAUGA